CGGAUGUCCCUCUCGGCGCAACUGUAUAGAUCAUAGACUGCGACAGUCUAGAGGAGUUGGUCACCUAGACGAAUUGUGUCUUGCCACUGGUUUCAGCCUCGUUGCGCUCCCAAACACACUUCUUUGGAAUUUGCGCCUUCCUCUACUCACCUUCGCACCCUCCAUCAACCAGCCUUUGGGGCCUGCGCCGUACAGCGCAAUGGCUGGAAAACACCCUGGCAAUCCUGACGGUGCGCCUUCGAAACGCCAAAAGACAUCAGGCGACAUGAAUCCUGAGACCAAUCCUUAUCUUGCCCAUUGGAAUGACAAUGAGUCGAAUGGCUAUAGCAAUGGCUACUCGACCCCGGCAAAUGACGGCCCUCUAUCAAAAUUGCAAAGACACAAAACCACCGCUGCGCUUGCUCGCGCCUGUGAAGACGGCAAGACGAACCCGUUUACUGGUCAACCCUUCUCUGAACGCUACUUCUCCAUUCUACGAACGAGGAGAGACCUUCCUGUACAUGCGCAAAGAGACGAGUUUCUCCAAUUGUACCAGAAGUCUCAAAUCCUGGUCUUCGUGGGUGAGACUGGUUCCGGAAAGACUACACAAAUACCACAAUUUGUCCUCUAUGAUGACCUGCCGCAACAAGAACGCAAGCUGGUGGCCUGUACACAACCACGACGAGUAGCGGCCAUGUCGGUAGCAGAGCGUGUGGCGAAUGAAAUGGAUGUCAAACUUGGGCAAGAAGUCGGUUACAGCAUCAGAUUUGAGGACAUGACAAGCCAGAAGACCAUACUCAAAUACAUGACGGACGGUAUGCUUCUGAGAGAAGCCAUGAACGACCAUGAAUUGAAGCGGUACAGCACCAUCAUACUCGACGAAGCCCACGAGCGGACAUUGGCCACCGACGUGUUGAUGGGCCUACUAAAAGAGGUGGUGCUACGCAGGCCAGACUUGAAACUGAUCAUCAUGUCUGCCACUCUUGACGCACAGAAGUUUCAGCGAUAUUUCAACGAUGCGCCGCUGUUGGCUGUUCCUGGUCGCACACACCCUGUCGAAAUCUUCUACACUCCUGAACCCGAGAGAGACUAUGUGGAGGCUGCAAUUAGAACAGUCCUGCAGAUACACGCCACCGAGCCUGAAGGAGACAUUCUUCUGUUCUUAACUGGAGAGGAAGAAAUCGAAGAUGCAUGCCGGAAGAUAUCCCUCGAAGCCGACGAAAUGAUCCGUGAGGCUGAUGCCGGCCCGAUGAAAGUCUAUCCUCUGUACGGCUCGUUGCCUCCAGCUCAACAACAGAGAAUCUUCGAGCCAGCGCCACCUCCCCGUAAGCCAGGCGGGAGAGCAGGACGAAAAUGCAUCAUCGCCACCAACAUUGCCGAGACGUCUUUGACUAUCGAUGGUAUCGUCUACGUGGUUGAUCCUGGCUUUGCCAAGCAGAAAGUGUACAACCCACGUAUUCGUGUCGAGUCUCUAUUGGUCUCACCGAUAUCCAAGGCAUCUGCUCAACAGAGAGCCGGUCGUGCCGGUCGUACUCGUCCUGGUAAAUGCUUCAGACUUUACACCGAGGGAGCUUUCAAGAAAGAGCUCAUCGAGCAAACCUAUCCUGAAGUGUUAAGAUCAAACUUGUCAUCCACAGUCCUGGAGUUGAAGAAGCUCGGAAUUGAUGAUCUUGUCCAUUUCGAUCUGAUGGAUCCUCCUGCUCCGGAAACUCUCAUGCGAGCUUUGGAAGAAUUGAACUACUUAGCCUGUUUGGACGACGAUGGCAAUCUAACCACCAUGGGCAGACUUGCUUCCGAGUUUCCUUUGGAUCCAGCACUGGCAGUCAUGCUUAUCUCAUCCCCGGAAUUCUACUGCUCGAACGAAAUUCUAAGCUUGGUGGCUUUGCUUUCGGUACCUCAAAUCUUUGUGCGACCAGCUUCUGCCCGCAAACGAGCAGAUGAGAUGAAGAAUUUAUUCGCCCAUCCUGACGGUGAUCACUUGACCUUGCUGAAUGUCUAUCAUGCCUACAAAGGACCUGAAGCACAGGCUAAUCCGCGACAAUGGUGCCAUGAUCACUUCCUCAGCCUUCGCGCUCUCCAGUCUGCCGACAAUGUGCGCCUGCAACUCAAACGCAUAAUGGAACGGGAGGAGUUGGAGUUGAUGUCGACGCCUUUUGAAGACAAGAAAUAUUACGAAAACAUUCGACGAGCUCUCGUUUCAGGAUUUUUCAUGCAAGUCGCCAAGAAAGAGGCCAAUGGGAAGACUUACACAACAGUCAAGGACAAUCAGACCGUACUUUUGCAUCCUAGCACGGUUCUCGGCCAGGAAAGCGAAUGGGUUGUUUACAACGAAUUCGUGCUUACGAGUAAGAACUAUAUUCGGACAGUCACUAGCGUUCGAGGAGAAUGGCUACUUGAUAUCGCCCCUGGCUAUUACGACAUCAAUGGUUUUCCCAAGGGUGAAGUCAGGACAGCACUUCAGCGGCUUACAGAACGUGUUGCUAGACGAGAGAAGAUGAAGGGCGGGAGGUGAUCGUUCAAAUCUAGGCCACGAGAGGAAGGGCUGUUCUGAGCAAUUGCGGAACUAUGCGGGCGCCAAAUAUGGGUUCUGUGGCUGAUCUCGCAUAAUCAAUCACUCUUCAGGGGUUAUCCCGACGUAGGCAACCCGGGUCUGCUUGGGGCUCGCAGCUCGUGUUACGAACCUGUCGAGUCCCAAUAUCUUUGCAAAGCGGUGAAGCAAGUGGCCUCAACGACUGGAAGGGCCUAUAUCAGCAUCUGUGCAAAUAGCUUGCAGCAGCAUGAGCAGGGUUCAGGGACCUCGGCGGUGCUGCUCCCAGACCCGCCAUAGAUAGAUUCUCGGAUAGUACCUUAUGAAGGGGCAACUCCUGUUUGACAUGACGGCUUCAC